GGAGGAGGGACACAGUGACCUUUGGGUCACUGAAGGAAAACUGCACCGUCAUUCGGGGAAAAUGUUACACAUGGCAGAAGUGGUGGAAACUCCUUUUAGGGAAACCCCGGUGUGGUGGUGUCCCUUCGCGAUGCGAAGAUGGCGCCCCUGCUCCCUCCCCGAGGCACCAAUGCGUUCCGCCCCUUUACCCGGGAAUUGCUGGCGGAGGCCGAGAGGCUCAAGGAGGAAAGACAAAAGGCUGAUGUAGAAGGCCAUGAUGAGGAAGAGCCAACAGCCCCAAGCGCUGAUCUGGAGGCAGGCAAGAGUCUGCCCAUGAUCUUCGGAGACCCUCCAUCAGAGCUGCUCAACACACCUCUGGAGGACCUGGACCCCUUCUACAAAGCACAAAAUACAUUCAUUGUGAUCACCAAAGGAAACACAAUCUACAGCAUGUUCAUCAUGCUUACGAUUGUAUUGAAUUGUGCAUUCAUGACGUUGAGCAACCCACCAGCAUGGAGUAAAACUGUUGAGUAUGUUUUUACUGGAAUCUAUACCUUUGAGGCAACAAUCAAAGUGUUGUCAAGAGGUUUCUGUGCUGGAUCUUUUACAUUCCUUCGAGAUCCAUGGAAUUGGCUGGAUUUCAUGGUGAUCAGCAUGGCAUAUGUCACUGAGUUUGUUGACCUCGGCAACGUGUCCGCACUCAGGACAUUUCGUGUACUUCGAGCCCUUAAAACAAUUACUGUGAUUCCUGGUUUGAAAACCAUUGUGGCCGCUUUGAUCCAGUCAGUGAAGAAAAUGGUGGACGUCAUGAUUCUGACAGUCUUUGCCCUUGCUGUUUUUGCCCUCAUUGGCCUUCAACUCUUUAUGGGAAAUCUGCGUCAGAAAUGUGUGCGAUGGCCCAUCGAAACAAAUGAAAUGAACACCACUGCUCAAUUUAAUGACACCAUGUUCUUCAAUAACACCAUGGGCGUCAACAAUACAUCAUAUUCCAACAGUACCUUCAACUUUAAUGAGUACAUUGAAAACACAGAUAAUCAGUAUUAUUUGGAAGGCAGCCUAGAUGCUCUACUUUGUGGAAACAGCUCAGAUGCUGGAAAGUGCCCAGAAGGAUACACAUGCAUGAAAGCUGGGCGGAACCCUAACUAUGGCUACACCAGUUUUGACUCGUUUGGCUGGGCCUUCCUGGCCCUCUUCAGACUCAUGACCCAGGACUACUGGGAGAACCUUUUCCAGCUGAUCCUGCGGGCGGCUGGGAAGACAUACAUGCUGUUCUUUGUGGUGAUUAUCUUUCUGGGCUCCUUCUACCUCAUCAACCUCAUCCUGGCUGUGGUAGCCAUGGCUUAUGAAGAACAGAAUCAGGCAACUCAGCGAGAGGCCAUCGAGAAAGAGGAAGAGUUCCAGCGGCUACUCGAGCUGAUCAGGAAUCAGGAAGAGGCUAUGGGUCUAGGAAGCCAAGUCAGUUUAACUAGUAAGAAGUCACUCAGUCAUCACACCAUAUCUGAGGUGGCAGAUGACGAACAAAGCCUUGAACAUGAUGAAAUUAUAAAGGAUUGUAGCGGGAGAAUCAUUCCCCGUCUGUUGGUCCGAGCACCCACUUUGGUCAAGUGUGCUUCAGUUUAUGAGCUCGAAGAGAAGUCAUUAGGCUCUGAUCACAGCAUGCUUCGUCUGGAAGAGCCAUGCCUGACACAGAGGUCUGCUAGCGCUCCGAGUGUGCUCACUGCAGCUGCUAUGGAAGAGUUGGAGGAGGGUCAGAGGCCGUGCCCACCCGGCUGGUACAAGUUUGCAGACACUUUCCUGAAGUGGGACUGCUCCCCGCGAUGGAUUCUUAUGAAAAAAUGGGUUCUCUUUAUUGUGAUGGACCCUUUUGUUGACUUGGGCAUUACCAUCUGCAUUGUGCUCAACACCCUCUUCAUGGCCAUGGAGCACUACCCUAUGACCCCACAGUUUGACCACAUGCUCUCAGUGGGGAAUCUGGUUUUCACUGGGAUCUUCACAGCGGAGAUGUUCUUCAAGCUCAUCGCCAUGGAUCCUUACUACUAUUUUCAAGUUGGCUGGAAUAUUUUUGACAGCAUCAUCGUCACUCUUAGUCUGGUGGAGUUGGGGCUUGCGAAUGUCCAAGGUCUGUCUGUCCUCAGGUCCUUCCGUCUGCUUCGUGUCUUCAAACUAGCAAAGUCCUGGCCCACCCUCAACAUGCUGAUCAAGAUUAUUGGUAACUCAGUGGGAGCUUUAGGAAACCUGACUUUGGUGCUGGCCAUCAUCGUCUUCAUCUUUGCUGUGGUGGGUAUGCAGCUCUUUGGCAAAAACUACAAGGAAUGUGUGUGCAAGAUCUCCACAGAGUGCGAGCUGCCACGCUGGCACAUGAACGACUUCUUCCACUCAUUCCUCAUCGUGUUCCGCAUCCUGUGCGGGGAGUGGAUCGAGACCAUGUGGGACUGCAUGGAGGUGGCCGGAACUGGGAUGUGUUUAGUCGUCUUCAUGAUGGUCAUGGUCAUUGGAAAUCUAGUGGUGCUGAACCUCUUCCUGGCCUUACUGCUCAGCUCAUUCAGCGGAGACAAUCUCUCAACAGACGAAGACGGAGAGAUGAACAAUCUCCAGAUCGCCAUUGGCAGGAUCACACGAGGCAUUGACUGGUUCAAAGCGUUCCUCGUUCGAUCCAUCCUGCAGAUUAUCAAUAAAAAGCCCAAGGACACUGAGGAGGGUCCGAAUGAAGACGAGGACCCUAAAACUGAGGGAAUUGAAAUGAACCACUUUGACUCCAGUCAACAUUUCAAAAUGGCUGAUGGGAUACCUAAUUGCUUGGUUGAAUGCGGGCCUUCUGGAUUAAUUGUGGAUGGAGAGUUCAGUUUAAAUGUGCCAAUUGCUCAGGGAGAGUCAGACUUUGAAAACAUGGAUGAGGAUGAUACUGAUGAUGUUGAUGAUACUGCUGAUGUUGAUGAUGCUGAUGACUCAGAGUUUUCAGAUGAAGAACAUAAUCCACAUUAUUCUCUGAUGGGUGCUUUGAAUGAUGGGGAUUCCUCAGUGUGUAGCACAGUGGACUAUCAACCACCUGAGCCUGAGCCAGAAGAAGUGGAAGAGGAAGAACCAGACCCCGUAGAGCCGGAAGCCUGCUUCACUGACAACUGUAUUAAGCGCUGGCCAUGUCUGACUGUGGACAUAACCCAGGGUAGAGGCAAACAAUGGUGGAACCUCAGGAGGGCUUGCUUUACUAUUGUGGAGCAUGACUGGUUUGAAACCUUUAUAAUCUUCAUGAUCCUCUUGAGCAGCGGGGCUUUGGCAUUUGAAGACAUAUACAUAGAAAGACGCCGCACCAUCAAAAUUAUUCUGGAGUAUGCUGACAAAGUUUUCACCUACGUCUUUAUCAUCGAGAUGCUCCUUAAAUGGGUCGCGUACGGCUUCAAGACCUACUUCACCAACGCCUGGUGUUGGUUAGACUUUUUCAUUGUAGAUAUUUCCCUGAUUAGUUUAGCUGCCAACUUUAUGGGAUUCUCUGACCUUGGCCCAAUCAAAUCCCUCCGGACUCUCAGGGCCCUAAGGCCUCUUCGAGCGCUGUCAAGAUUUGAAGGCAUGAGGGUGGUGGUGAACGCUCUCGUUGGUGCUAUUCCCUCCAUCUUCAACGUGCUGCUGGUGUGUCUGAUCUUCUGGCUCAUAUUCAGCAUCAUGGGAGUUAACCUGUUUGCUGGGAAGUUCUACCGCUGCAUUAAUACCACCACGUCUGAACUUUUCCCCAUGUGGGAGGUCAAUAACCAUAGCGACUGCUUGAUCCUCCAAGAGGCAACACAGGAGGCCCGCUGGGUCAACGUCAAGGUCAACUAUGACAAUGUGGGACAAGGCUACCUGUCACUGCUUCAAGUGUCAACUUUUAAAGGCUGGAUGGACAUCAUGUAUGCUGCUGUUGACUCAAGAGAGGUAGAGGAGCAGCCUUCUUAUGAGAUCAACCUCUACAUGUACAUUUACUUUGUCACCUUCAUCAUCUUUGGCUCUUUCUUCACACUCAACCUCUUUAUUGGUGUCAUUAUUGACAAUUUCAACCAACAAAAGAAAAAGAUAAAUAAAGACAUCUUUCUGACUGAGGAGCAAAAAAAGUACUAUGAGGCCAUGAAGAAACUUGGUUCCAAGAAACCGCAGAAGCCAAUUCCACGUCCAACGAACCCAAUCCAGGGAUUGGUGUUUGACUUCAUUAGCCAGCAAUUCUUUGACAUCUUCAUCAUGGUGCUCAUCUGCCUCAACAUGGUGACGAUGAUGGUGGAGACGGACAACCAAAGUGCAGAGAAGGAAGAUUUCCUUUUUAAAGUGAACGUGGCUUUCAUUGUCGUGUUCACCGGAGAGUGUUCGUUGAAGCUCAUUGCCCUGCGACAAUACUUCUUCACAAACGGAUGGAACGUUUUUGACUUUGUUGUGGUCAUCUUGUCAAUAGCCGGUACAAUGCUCUCAGACAUCAUUGAGAAGUAUUUUGUGUCACCAACUCUGUUCAGAGUCAUCAGACUGGCCAGAAUAGGCAGGAUUCUGCGACUUAUCAAAGGAGCCAAGGGCAUUCGGACACUUCUCUUUGCCCUAAUGAUGUCACUUCCCGCCCUAUUCAACAUUGGCCUCCUGCUCUUCCUCAUUAUGUUCAUCUUCUCCAUAUUUGGCAUGUCAAACUUUGCCUAUGUCAAAAAGGAAGCUGGAAUCGACGAUAUAUUUAAUUUCGAGACGUUUGGUGGCAGUAUUAUUUGCUUGUUUGAGAUCACGACGUCCGCCGGCUGGGAUGCACUUUUACUUCCAAUGCUGGAUAAGGAGUUCCCAGAUUGCGAUCCAAAUUUUGAGAACCCAGGCACGGAUGUAAAGGGCAACUGCGGCAAUCCGCUCAUGAGCAUGGCAUUCUUCUGCAGCUACAUCAUCGUCUCAUUCUUAGUGGUGGUCAACAUGUACAUCGCCAUCAUCUUGGAGAACUUCAACGUGGCGCAGGAGGAGAGCGGAGAUGCGCUCUGUGAGGACGAUUUUGAGAUGUUCAAUGAAACUUGGGAAAAGUUUGACUUGGACGGAACUCAGUUCAUUGAGUAUAGCCAGCUCUCAGAUUUCUGUGAUACCUUGCAGCCGCCACUGAAGGUUGCCAAGCCCAACCGAAUUCCCUUAAUGGCAAUGGAUCUGCCCCUGGUCAUCGGGGACAGGAUCCACUGCCUGGAUGUCCUGAUGGCCGUCAUACAGAUGGUCUUGGGAGACACGCUGGAGAUGGCGGCGAUGCGGGAAAGCAUUGAGGCCAAGUUCAUCCUCAGCAACCCAACCUCAGACUCCUUUGCGCCAAUUACCACAACGGUGCGCCACAAAGAAGAGGAGAUGGCCGCUGUGGUCGUUCAGAGGGCUUACCGCAAACACCUGCUGAAACGCUGCACGCGCCACGCCGCUUUUAUGCAGCGAUGUAAGAGGAAGGGUCAAAAGGACGAAGGUGACGAUCCUCCAGAGAAAGAGGGAAUGCUCGCACGAAGGAUGGGGGUGCUCUAUGGUAGCAAAGUGGACCUUGUAGAGGAGAUGGAGCAGGCUGAUAUAGAAACUCUAGCAAACCAACAGCCUUCUAAUCCAGAGACACUUUCAGAUGACACAGAGUCCCAAAGUGACACGGAACCCCCCGAGCCAAAUGUAAUUGUUGUACCUGUAGAAAUAACAAAUGAGGUUUUAUUACAUUCUGCCCCUGACCCAUACCUCUUUUUCCUACAUGCAAAUCUGAAAGAGACAAUUGUAUGACAGAAGACAAUUUAUAAUGUCCUCCUCCUGUUUUUCCGCAACCAAGAAAGGUGUGUCACUAGUUGAAUU